UUCUGUUACCCAUGAUUAUUUCGCGAUUUAAUUGCAAAAAAAAAUCACUUUGCCAUAUACAUCCUUCGCUGGAAUGUCGAACUCAAUUGAACAAACCCUAGGAAAUCAAGAACACCCACCGUCCUCCAAUCCAAACUCUAAUACUACCAAAAAUCACCAGACGCAAGUGCAACACCACCAUGACCAACCACAGGAAUGGGAGACCAUGGCUCGUGCUUGGCUUAGCGCGUUUCCCGAGGGUAAAGCCGUCAAUGUGAAUCAAGUCGAAGCUUGGAUCGACUCCAACUAUUCCUCCUUACCAGCCGACCUCCUCUCCAUGCCUCGCUCGGACCUGAUCGAUCGCCUCCUCUCUAUUCAAAACUACAUGAAACUCCCCGUGCAGGAAAAAGAUGGGAAUCAGGUUGAUCCACCGGCGAGAUUUCAACGAACCGAUCAAUGGAUACCAGUGUAUUCGUGGUUAGAGUCUUUGGAUCAAGAUGAAGUUGUGAAAUCAAAAGACAUUUCUGAUUGGUUGAAUGAUAAUCCAGUGGUUAAAGAUCAGUUAUGUUCUAGACAUUCAAGAUACCACUUGAUGCACUACAUCAAAAAGUGUCAUUUAAAGAUACUAAAGAGGAGGGAAAAGAAGGGCUUGCAGCAGUUUACCAAAGAAACUUCUCUCCCCAACCAAGAAACUUCUCUUGUGGUUCAUAAGAGUAAAGUGCCGAAACAACCAAUGCCCCUUCCAAGCAAUCCUUUGAGCAACAUACCCAUUGAUAGUGACCUUUACGUAUCAAAACGAAGUGAAGCCCUGCGGAAAUAUGAGAUUUUGGUGGAAUUGGAAAAGAUGCUUGCCCCAGUCUUCUCAAAGCGUCAAGAUGUAAUAAUGAAGUAGGCUUGAACAUUAAAUCAUGGUUCUAAUGUUAUAUUGUAUCAUUUUGUAAAUUGACGGGCCAGUCUCUUGAUAGAUAGAGCAUAAACACUGGCCGCUUCUAGUUGCAGUUAUGCCUUCCAGGGAACUGUUUAAUACUUUGCAGAACACGGAACAAAUCAUUUACAUGUCUUACUAACCCAACUUGGAGCAAUGCAGAGAAAAUGCAAAGAUAAUAUGGUAA